AUGAUCAUGCAACCCCCAACGACUUUCGAGGAAGCGAUCCCACUCAUGCUGCUUGUAUCUGUACUGGGUCUUCCAGCUGUGCUGAUAUUGAUAACAACGAGGAAGGUCGUAUAUGUGUUCUGGAUGAUUAUAUACCUUGUGGCACUUCCGGUGUGGAAUUUUGUUCUUCCCGUGUAUGCAUUCUGGCAUUUUGAUGACUUCUCAUGGGGUGAGACGAGGUACAUACAUUUCGUUUCGUGCAAGUAG